UUUUUGGAUUCGGAUCUAACCAAUCUCAAACCCGACCCGUUACCAUCCUCUUCAGGGCUUCUCCUCCGAGCUCCAAACCCUAAUCCGCCAUUAAUGGCGGCAAGAUGGUUCUCCUUCUGAGAAGCUUGAAGGCCAAGCUUCUCCUUCGACGCGCUCUCCUCUCCUUCGCCGAUCUCCAUGGCUCGUUCACCGCCUCCUCCGUGGUUGCGACCAGAUCCCCAUUCGAAACCCUAUUCCGAUUCACCGGAGCAGCAGCGGCAGUCGUCCCCUCUCGUCGUACUCCUCUGUCCAUGCAUGUCCCUCGUUAUUCUACUCCUUAUCGUCUGCUCCAUAGUUCUCACUAUCAAGUUCCACCUCUACUGCCGCGGUCCUUUCCUCCACCUAAUCCCCAAAUGCCAUCACCGCUCCUGAUCACUCGAUUCUUCUCCUCCUCAUCUGGCGAUGAUCCGAUCUCUUCUGAUUCGGAUUCCGAUCCGGAUCGUACCGCCGACGGGCACUCGCCGGACGUCGAUCGGGUUUGUACAAUCAUCAACGAGCUCUUUGAUUCCGAUGGCAACAUGGAGGCUGUUCUGGAUGAAUGCGGCGUCCAUAUCGAGAAACCCGUUGUGAUCGGCGUCCUUGAUCGGUUCCGGCAUGCACACAAGCCCGCCUAUCGCUUCUUCCGAUGGUCUGCCUCUCGUCCCGGUUUUGCUCAUGACUCUGAGACCUUCAACGCAAUGCUCACCAUUCUCGGCAAAACACGCCAGUUCGAGACCAUGGUGGCCAUGCUCGAGGAAAUUGGCAAACAGAAGCUCCUCACGAUCGAGGCGUUCAAGAUCUCAAUCAAAGCCUUUGCUUCUGCUCGCGAGAUGAAGAAGUCUAUGGGUAUCUUCCAGCUCAUGAAGAAGUUCAGCUUCAAAGCGGAUUCCGAGACCUUCAACUGCUUGAUUGAUUCGCUGGCAAAAGCUAAGCUUGGCAAAGAAGCAAACGCCUUGUUUGCAAAGAUGAAAGAUCAGUACCCGCCCAAUCUCCGGACCUAUACCGUGCUUCUCUUUGGAUGGUGCAAGCUGAAGAAUUUGGUUGAAGCUGCAAGAAUCUGGAAUGAGAUGAUUGAUAAUGGAUUCAAGCCAGAUAUUGUUGCUCAUAAUACAAUGCUUGAAGGAUUGAUAAGAGCGCAGCGAAGGCCUGAGGCUAUCAAGAUGUUUGGGCUGAUGAAAACUAAGGGACCGAAGCCAAAUGCGCGAACAUACACAGUGCUGAUUCAUGACAUGUGCAAAGGGGGGAAGAUGGACAAUGCUGUUGGAUGUUUUGAGGAAAUGCUGGCUGCUGGUGUUGCUCCAGAUGCAGCGACAUACACUUGCUUGAUUGUCGGGUUUGGGAAUGCAAGGAGGAUGGAUAAGGUCUCAGGGUUGCUUAAGGAGAUGGAGGAGAAGGGAUGCCCACCGGACGGCCGUACUUACAAUGCAUUGAUCAAACUUAUGACCAACCGGAGCAUGCCUGAUGAUGCAGUAAGGAUUUACAAGAGGAUGAUUAAGAAUGGUUUUGAGCCGACGAUUCACACCUAUAACAUGAUGAUGAAGUCUUACUUCCAUGGGAAUAACUAUGAUAUGGGAUGUGCUGUUUGGGAGGAGAUGUGGAAAAAGGGGAUAUGCCCAGAUGUGAACUCAUAUACAGUUUUUAUUGGAGGACAUAUACGACAUGGGAGGCCAGAAGAGGCACACAAAUGUAUUGAGGAGAUGAUAAACAAAGGGAUGAAUGCACCGCAGAUUGACUACAACAAAUUUGCGGCAGAUUUUUCUAGAGCUGGAAGGCCAGAUGUGCUCUAUGAGAUGGCACAAAAGAUGAAGUUUUCGGGCAAGUUUCAGAUUUCUAAUGUGUUCAAUCACUGGGCAGAGAGGAUGGAGAAGAGGGUCAAGAAAAGACUGCCUAACCAAACUGGUCAUCGGCUUUUCUAAUUCUAUUACAUUAGGUGGCUAUUGCACCAUUUGAUCAGGAACUCUUGGUAUGUGGUUGAGGAUUUUGCCAUAUUGAUAUCAUCUUAACAACCGGUGUAAAGCAUAUUCUUCUAUUUACUUUGUAAACUUAUGUUAUAUUGUCAUCUAACGUCCCUAGGAUUCACUGUUAAAUGUGUAUUCAUGGUUUCGAUUCAAUUUUUUUUCGCAAAA